UAUUUGAAUUUGAAGCCAACAGCUCACUAGACACACGCCCACUCUUUUCCUGAUCAAGUGUUGGCCAUUUUUCAUUAGAUUAUAGAUCUGGUUGUAGUAGUAUUGAGCUAAAAUCCGAGCAGUGUUCUUGUAGUAAUGCAGUGUCUCUUUAAAGGAAGGGGGAGUGUAGAAGAGGGAUAGAGCAAAGCGAUGAAUAGAAGGCACCAGAACCACCUACCAUGACCAAGUGCGCUGCAAAUGUAGGACACAAAUUGGUGUGGAAUACAAACGACUCCUUACGCGACACGUUCGGACCAAAACCAUGAGUGGAUGUGCCUUAUUAUGCGACCGAGAUUUUUGUAAACCAGUUCACACAUGCGGUCAUCAUGGGAACGCGGGACGGAGAGCGUUUUUUUCUCCCAAAUCUUCUGAAACGGAAGAGGAGACAAGAAGUGAAAUGCAUGUGUGUGGAGUAUCAAUGGUAGGCAUUGCAUAAUCCAAGCCGCAGGAAAAAAGAGCUACAUCUACUCUAGCUGCCUGGUUUCUCCUCCUUCUGCAUUGGUGCCUGCACUUGUUUGGCGAUGCCCUUUUCUCUCUUAGGAAAGACUUAGCGAGGGAAAUGAUGUAUUCGAAGCUGGAUGUGUGCUGCAUUCAGAGAGAUUCGCCAAUCACCGAGGCCAGGGAAGAGGCAGUGGUUACUGUGUCGGGCCUGGGAAGUAUCCAGCCCCACUAUCUCCUCCUUUUCCUCCCCCCAGCAGGACCAUGCUUGCGUGAGGGAUGAGGCUGUGCACAGGGACACCAGGCCAAAACUGCGGCCUACUUCUCCUCCUCCUCACAAGAGCCGGUCUCCCGACUGCAACACCUCUGAACACAUCGCCACCGUCAAAUCAGCAUAUUUGGUCAACAGGUAGAUCCAGGAGCAUGAGCAGGACUUUGAGCUGCGGGUGCAGAUGUCUGGGUACAAGCGCAUGCGGCGGCAGCACCAAAAGCAGCUGAUCGCCUUGGAGAACAGGCUUAAGGCCGAGAUGGAUGAGCACCGGCUCCGACUACAGAAGGAAAUAGAGACACAUGCCAACAACACAUACAUUGAGUUGGAGAGGCUGGCCAAGAGGCAUGCUGCUCAAACGGACAAAGAGAUGAAGACCGCUGCAUCUGAGGAGAGGAGGAUCCAGCAACAGAUCAUUGCUCAGCAGAAGAGGGAACUGGCUGCUUUCUUAGAGAACCAGAAAAAGGAGUACAGACUUUGCAAGGACAAGCUCAAAGAGGAGAUGAGUGAGGACCCCUGUACGCCAAAAGAGGAGAAGCAGGAGCGUCUGUCACGACACAAAGAGACGGUGCAGCGCUCUCAGGCCGAGGAGGAGGCUCAUGUCCUGGCCCAACAAAGGCUGGUGUAUGACCGCAGCUGCAGAGCACUCAAACGCCGUUCACUCAUCAAGAAGCACGAGUUUGAACAGGAGCAAAUCAGAGAGGAACUGAAUAAGAAGCGCACACAGAAGGAGAUGGAGCAUGCCCUGCUGAUCCGGCAGGACGAGUCCACACAGGACCUGGAGCGGCGGCAGCUGCAGAUGCUCCAGAAGCUGAGGGCAGAGCUGAUGCGCCUCCAACACCAGACCGAGCUGGAGAACCAAGAGGAGUACAACAACAGAAGGCAGAGGGAGCUCCAUCGGAAACACUCUCUGGAGAAGAGGCAGCAGCCCAGGGACCUCAAGACGAUGGAGAUGCAGAUCAAGAAACAGUUCCAGGACACAUGUAAAGUGCAGAAUAAACAGUACAAGGCUCUGAAGAAUCACCAGCUGGAGGUGUCUCCCAAAGGCGACCACAAAACCCUUCUGAGGAGCCUCAAAGAAGAGCAGACGCGCAAACUUGCAGUGCUGGCGGAGCAGUACGAGCAUAGCAUCAACGAAAUGAUGGCCUCACAAGCGAUGCGUCUGGAGUCGGAGCAGGAGUCGGAGCUGGUGGCUCUAGAGCAACAGUUGAAACAGGAGAUGGAGCUGCUGGACGCGUACCAGCGGAAGACCCAGGCCCAAAUGGAGAGUCAGCACGAGCGCGAGCAGCAGAAACUCCAGCAGAAGGUCUCCAUCCGCAGAGCACACCUGGAACAGAAGAUUGAAGAAGAACUAGCAGCACUUCAAAAGGAACGCACAGAGAGAAUAAAGCAACUGUUUGAACGACAAGACAGAGAAUUACACACUUUUGACACAGAGAGCCGCAGUUUGGGCUUUGGCAGCCUGGGAUCUUUGGACUUCCCCAAAGAAGACAACAGAUGAAAGUGGACUAACACAGUAGUGGACUACAUAUCUGUGCUCUGCUCACACUUGACCAAGAACGCAACUUCUCCUAACUCCUAACGCUGACCAAGUCGGAUAUACCUUUCUCUUUUACUUUUCUUCAAUUAGAUAUCGGAUCUUUAAAUCGAGGUGUUAUGUGCAAUGAACAACUUCUUUUGUGAAACUUGAAUAAUGGGGAAGUAUAAUACAAAAAGAUGCUACAACAACACAAACAUAACAAUAAUUCAAGCCUAGUCAGUGUAACUUCAACCGACAUGUGUUAUAAAAGAAAUACAGACUCCUCAACACCAUUUCCACUUUUUGGUAUGAAUUGAACAAAUCAGGAAAAUUUUAGUACAAUGGGCACUUUGUUAUAUUUUGAGUAGAAACUUCAUGUUCAUAUGAUGCUAUGUGUGUGUUACAUGGAAGGACAAUGUGGAAUGUGAGCUGCGGACUCCCGUGGUGUUAAGCUGCUUCAGUCUGUUUAUCGUUUGACAACACUUCAUUAUCUUUGAUUGAUUUGCUAUAUGCUUAGAAUGUUAAUAUUAUUGUAUAGGGUCCACCGAAUACAGUGAGAGAUUACUUUAAUGAUUUCCCUUCUGGCCAUUCAUCACAUGCUUAUGCAUACAGUAUACUAGACAACAGUCCUUAAAUUAUCUUUAUUUGAUAUAAGGUUAAUUGGCAACUCGAGAUCCCACUUGGUAAAUCUGCUUAAUAUUGCAUGCACUUUAAGGACAAAUUCAGGUUGUGAAGUGAAGCAUGAAUCUGUUUGUAUAUAAAAGUGGUCAUAGCUUAUAUUGUUUCAGUUGAUAAAUUCUGAACAUACAGGCGCCAUAUUUUAACAUAGAUCAUCUCACAAAUGCCUUCUUUUAAGUUGUGCCUGAUGCAGAUUUGAGUUCAGUGUUCAGUGUCAGCCAUGUUUCUUUCUGAGCUAAAUGUGUGGAUCAUUUAAUGUUCACUAAUCAGAGUUCUUGUAAAGGAAAAUGGUGAGAAUUGUGCUGUAUAACUUUUGAUAUGAAUAUUUGUACAUGAGAAUAUAGAUGAUACAGAGACACUGGUCUAUUACCAAUAACAGAGCUUACAAUAAAGACUCAGUUUUCUUUUGUAA